AGAAGAAGGCUUCACGUAAGUCCCCUUGGUGCAUUAUUGUUGGUGUGCACCUCUGGUGUUUCGACCUUUAAGCCCCUUUUUGUCUGUCUGUAUUUGGGGAUUAGCGGUAAAGAUAAACGGGCUCUGCGGAUCGUCUUGUGUCUCUACAUCAGGAUUUCACAUUAAAAGAAGCCAUGUUACGGAGCAGAGUGCCCUUCUCACAGAUGGCCGUAGCAGCACUGCUUGGAGUCGCUGGUGGUUAUUAUAUUUACAGACCCUAUUUUGAACCGGUGCAGAAGUCCUCGGAUCAACAAAACCAGGAUGCCCCAAAGACGGACAAUAAAACGGACUGAAAUCAAACAGAAGCCAGAAGAAUACAGAUGCUGCUGGACUAUUGGAGCUGAAGGCCGUACAUACGGAAAGAACAGCAUGGAUAAAUUCAUGCUUGUUUGGGGUUCUUUGUUUGAUUUUUUAUGUAAAGAAUAAAGUACUUGAUAAUUUGACAUUUUGAAUUAUCAUGUGUUUUAAAAUGA